AUGAGUUUCCGUAAGAUGAAAGACACAAUUGACUAUGGAGACACUGUAAUUUUACACAUCGGUUAUGAUAAUAUGCUGCCUAUUAUGAUUGCCAAAGGAGAGACCAUGCAGACAAAGUUUGGUGCAGUCAAACAUUCCAGCCUGGUAGGGAAACAGUACGGAACUAAAAUACAGUGUUCCAAAGGCUGGGUUUUCGUCCUGCAGCCAACACCAGAACUGUGGACGUUGAGUUUGCCACAUCGUACACAGAUCCUGUAUUCAACUGAUAUCAGUAUGAUUAUCUUCCAGUUGGAUCUGAAGCCGGGAUCUAUUGUGGCUGAAGCAGGCACUGGUAGUGGUUCAUUAUCUCAUGCUAUUCUUCGCACAAUCCAGCCAUCGGGGCAGCUUCUGACAUUUGAGUUUCAUGGAGAAAGAUGUGAUAAAGCCCGGCAGGAGUUUGCUGAACAUGGCCUCUCAGAAUUUGUCACAGUAACCCACAGAGAUGUGUGCGGGGAAGGCUUUCAACUCGAUCACCUUGUUGAUGCCGUGUUCCUUGAUCUGCCAAAACCAUGGGAAUGCAUUGCAAGUGCUAAAAAUGCCAUUAAGAGAGAAGGUGGAAGAAUCUGUACAUUUUCACCCUGCAUUGAACAAGUGCAACGUAGCUGUGAGGAGCUGUCCAAAAAUAACUUCACUGACAUUGUCACAGUGGAAUGUUUAGCAAGGAACUUUAACAUUCAGUAUGCCAAACUUCAGAAUGUACUCCCGUCUGAUGUACCACUGGCUGCAAAUGGUGAUAGUGUAAACUGUGGUACAGAGGAGGAUGAAUCAAAACAAAAGUCACACAAGAAAGUCAAGAAGGCACCUGAGAGUUUUUUAAACAAGGCUCAAGAUAAUCAGGUCAAAACAGCUGUUCACAACUACUGUUUUUCAAGUGCCAUUCCGACAAUUGCAAUGCAAGGACACACAGGCUUUCUGACGUUUGCAUCAUUGUAUUAUCAUUAA